AUGGCGAUCAGUAUGACUCGUAUUCUCCGUGCUAAGCAAGGCCUCAGAAGGUCUUCUUCAAGAACAAACAGAGAAAGUGAGGUUCCUAAGGGGCACUUUGCAGUUUAUGUUGGUGAGAGCGAGAAGAAGCGUUUUGUCAUUCCAGUAUCGUACUUGAAGGACCCUUCUUUCCAAGACUUGUUGUGCCAAGCUGAGGACGAAUUCGGAUAUGAUCAUCCAAUGGGAAUUACUGAUACUAAUAUCAGCAAACUAGCAGUUCCUGGUUUCUCCAGUUUUCUUGGUGCAGUGAAACUGAUGAACACUGUGUUCAUAGUUCUGCUGUCAACUCCGGCGACUUUCGCAGAUUCAUCGUCACUGUACGAUAAGUUCUACCGAUGCAUUUCCACCAAAUCUGGCUUCUCUGUCCCGUUCUCCGAGGCUUUCUUCACCCCGCAGAAUGCUUCGGCUUUCACAGCGGUUCUGAACUCCACAGCCCAGAAUCUCCGGUGCCUUGAGCAGUUUGUCAAGAAGCCGCAGAUUAUAUUCACCCCGCUUUCCGAGGCCCACGCGCAGGCGGCGGUGGUUUGCACUAAACAGCUUGGGCUUGAGCUCAGAGUGCGCAGCGGCAGCCAUGAUUACGAAGGGCUGUCGUAUAUUUCCGAGAUGGAGUCGCCGUUCGUGAUUGUGGACCUCGCCCGGCUGCGCGAGGUGGAGGUGGAUAUAAAGGCGAACACGGCGUGGCAUGGGCGACGGUCGGAGAAGUGUAUUACAGGAUUUCGGAGAAGAGUAAGGUCCAUGGCUUCCCCGCCGGGCUGUGCUCCAGCCUGGGAAUCGGCAGACACACUACCGGCGGCGCCUACGGUUCCAUGAUGAGGAAGUACGACCUCGGAGCUGACAACGUUUUGGACGCCAGAAU